AAUGGCUAUGUUAGUAACUCUCUUUGCCUUGUUUCUGCUGCAAGGGGCAGCUCAAUCUCAAUCGUUCUCCUUCCAAGACUCUACCAAUGUUCCAGGACUGCAAGUGGACUCCAGUGGGAGAACAUUCCUUGCUGCAGGCAACUACCUGUAUAGACUUAAUUUACAGCUAGUGCAAGAGGAGAGAAUUGAUCUAGGAGCUACUGUUAUCAAUAGAGGACUAGCCCUGAGCUCUACUGGGAUGGUGGUGGUGUGUUUAGAGGAUCUCUCUUGCUCUGUCUACAAUGCAAGCAACCUCGGUGCUGGCCCGAUCAGGAGUGUCAGUAAUGCUAUAGCCUCUGCAAAUCCGAACUUUGGAGCAGCUAUCAUUACGUCAGGAGACACCGUCUAUACUGGAGCAUCGACUGGUGCAGGAGAGAGAAUGGUGCUGCAACAAUUCGGAGAGGGGUUCAAUAGAUCUUCCGACAACAAUCGUAAUUUAUUCAAUGGGGGUGAACUGAUUUUUGGGGUUGGUGAAUUCUCCAGACAAUUCUAUGGAGGAUUUGUGAGUGGUAACUUUACCUACUAUGUUGUCUCUGACUAUCAACCUGCUGAUGCACGAGCUAUAAGACUGUUACGUAUUUGCAACAUGCCUGAUUGUGGCGGCCCAAGUACCUGUGGAAUGACUGCUUUGUAUGAACUGGGAUUCAAUUGCGGUUCACGAUCAAUCAGUGGAGCUACUCGUGUGUGUGGAGUGUCAUUAGUGGAGGACUUCAGUGGGAUAUCUGGACCUACUGCUGUGGUAACUAUUUGUACACCUGGCUUCACUACUAGAAACUCUAUUUGUGUGGUCAAUAUCACUGCUGUCAAUGAAGCUAUGGACACUAAAUAUGACUCUUGUAUUGUGUCACGCAGCACUGUUGGAGAAGACAUUAAUAUAGCAUGGAAAACAAUUACAGAUAACUGCAAUGCUCUGCCUGAGGUAACUGGGGACAGAUGUGAUACACCCACUCCUAUCGGUAUUCUCGCCCCUGAUGGUAGUAGGGACAGUAUAGCACCGGUUCGUAUUAACUUUGGAGGUACUGUCCCCACCACCUCAAUAGCUGUGAAGAUGGAGCAGUUCUCUUUUGUGUUUGUGGCAACUGAUGAUUCACGGAUAAGAGGAUACGAUGUCAGUGGUACAUCUACCCUAUUCUACAAUCAGCCAGUGACCUCUCUUGUACAUCAGUUGUCAUGGCAAGAAGGACUGAACUACAUCACAGCAACCACUAAUAACUCGGUGUUCCAAGUACCCAUAGAGGAGUGUUCCCAGCGUAUAGACUGUACCAGUUGUACCAAUAACCUCAACCCGCUCUGUGGGUGGUGUGUGGUGGAGAACAAGUGCUCCCGUCAGACACAGUGUCAGAACUCCAGUCUCUCUAGUAGAUGGACACAAGAUAAUACCAACUGUGUUACAGCCACUGUGGAGCCUAUGCAACCUGUGCUUGACCCUGAGAUUUCUGUUGGAGUGCUCACAGUGGCCCUGACCUCUCCUGGCUUGCCUUUCCUCCUGGCUGGGGAGACCUUCUCUUGUCAUCUUGCAGACAGUGAAGGACGUUUCCCUCCCAUUACAGUACCAGCUGUUGAGGUCACCCAGGGAACAGUUUAUAACUGCAGUAUUACAGGAAUGGUACCUGACUAUCAUGGAGUGACUGCAACUAUCAACCUGGGAUUUCAGAGCUCUCUAUUCAAUGAGCCAUUUGAUAUCACCAACCAAGCGCUCACCAUCUACAGGUGCUCAGCAGGAGAAAGUUGUAAGGAUUGCCUUGGGCUCGAUAGUCCUUGUGGAUGGUGUAACCUCAACAAGCAGUGCAGUGGAACAUCAGCUCCUUGCAGGAAUGUAUCUCAUUUCCUACAGGUGUCUGGAGGCAACAACUUCACUGCCGAGUGCCCCUUAUUGGACACGCCCCCCUCUAGUGAGUACACUCAACCAAUAAGGGUGGCCCAGGACCUUCGACUGACUACCAAGAACCUCAUUUCACCUACGGAUGGCUUUGAGUACUAUUGUGUUGUGAAUGGAGUUAGUCUGAUAGCUCAGUAUGAGAACAAAAACUCCAUUCUGUGUACAGUGGGCAGCGGGCAACUCACACUGCCUGCUGGUGUUGGCAGUUCCACUGUAGAUGUCAAGGUGAUGUGGUCAGGGAAUGGCAUCAACCACCUACUGAGCAGUAUCAUGCAACAGACCAAUGUGACUCUGUAUGAUUGUCGUGAUUUGGCCAGUGGAUGUUCAGAGUGCCUUGUGUCCAUACUGGGAUCAGAGUUCACGUGUGGGUGGUGUGUGAUCAGGGAAAGCUGUGAGGUGUUGCAAGAAUGCACCAAUGAUGUUUGGGUUACUGAGGGGAGAAAUUGUCCUACCCCUUUCAUCAACUCAAUCUCUCCAGAAUCUGGACCAGUUGAGGGUGGUACAGCGAUCACUGUGAUGGGCACUGACCUUGGGGUGACCUUUGUUGACGUUCUGAACGCUACCCUUACAUUAGGAGGUGUAGCCUGCACUCCCAUCAAUACUGACUAUAUACCAGGGAGGCAAUUUGUGUGUGUGACCAACCACUUUGGAAUUACAGGCUUCAAUGUCUUCACUAUGGUCCUAUAUGGCAAUAUACACGUCAAUGUAAACGCUGAUUCCUUCAUUGCGUUGAAUCCUAUUGUUAGUAGCGUCAAGCCGACCUUUGGACCCAUGGCCGGAGGUACCAAACUGACUGUGGGGGGUAAAGAGUUAGGAACUGGUAACCUUGAGAACACUAGAGUCACUAUAGAAAUCAAUGGAGGGCCAACCUAUCCCUGCAGCAUGAUAUCAGUCUUUUCUCAAGAGAUUGAAUGCACCGCUACGGCAGCAAACCUCACCUCCGCUGCAGAGGUGGUGGUUACUAUUGAUGCUGCUAGACUGACUUUCGGAGUGGUGUUCAGUUACCGUAACAAUCCCAAUGUAACUGCUGUGUUUCCUAGCAACACCAUUCCCAGUGGAGGCAUCACACUGACCUUUACUGGACUAGACAUGAACGUGGUACAACAGCCUGUGUUGGAGGUGUAUAGAGGAGCGGGGUCUCCUCUGAGAAGCUACUGCAUUGUUGUGAACAGUACCGCAAUCACAUGCUGUACUCCUAGUCUAGGGACGACCUCACUGACCCCAUUGAACUAUUCCCUGUUGUUUGAUGAUGCCCCACCCACUACACAAGCACGUCUCCCCAUCAUCGUCCAAUCAGAUCCCUUCAAUUUUACACUAGAGGGUUCUCAAGAGGUCACCAGUGGCACAGUGACCCUCAUACGCAUUGUGGGUGAUAAUCUCGACUCAGUGGAGACCAGUGAGAUACGAGUGACCGUGGGAGGGGAGGAGUGUGUCAAGAUACCCUCCAAUAGUAGAGGUAGUGACAUCAUCUGCACUGUCCCCUUGGAGCCGCCAGGAGGGCAGGAACUAGCCAUCAUAAAUGUGACCAUUGGGAGCAACAUAUCUCAAGUAUUGGACCGUCAACUGACUUAUUCGCUUCCUACCUUUCUUGGGCCAACAGUUCCUCUGGAGAUCAUCAUUCCAGUUAUUGUUGUUAUCUUUGUAUUGGUCGUGUGUUUACUGAUGAUUGUGAUUGUCUGCUUAUAUCUGAACUCGAGGAGAAAGUUCAUGUCGAUUGCUAUGCACCAACAAAUGGUAGAGCUUGUGGCUACUACUGGGAAAACUCCGGAGGCAGUGGAUGGAAAUAAUGCACUCGUUAAAUCAGAGCUUGAUGAAAUUGCCAAGUCCAUCCCAGACUCAUUCAAAAUACCAGCCUCCAUAUUGAAGCUCUCCAGUACUGCAAUUGGACAAGGUGAAUUUGGCGUUGUGUACAAGGGAAUUCUGACAGACUGGAACAAAGUACCUAUGCAGGGGGUGGCCGUGAAGACAUUAAAAGGUCUGUUCUCGUUGUCGGAUGUUCAGAGCAUGGUGUGUGAGGUAAACAAGAUGCAGGACUUUGAUCAUCCUCACGUCAUGUCCCUGAUUGGGGUGUGUCUCGAUGCUGGCCCCGGGAUUGCUAUAGUGAUGCCAUAUAUGGCCAAUGGGAGCCUUUUCGACUACCUCAAGAAAGAAAGGGAUAAUCUGGAGCUGGACGAUGACUGUGAGAUUGAUCAGAUUCUGGCAGUGAGGAAACUGCUACUAAAAAUGUGCCAUCAGAUAGCACUGGGAAUGGCCUACUUGGCCGAGCAGAAGUUUGUCCAUCGAGACCUUGCAGCCAGAAACUGCAUGCUGGACUCGGGAGGGGGUAUCAGGGUGGGGGACUUUGGUCUGGCUGAGGACGUCUAUGCUAGCGGCUACUUCAGACAGAACGAUCGAGCCAAUGUGAAGGUGCCCUACAAAUGGAUGGCCUUGGAGAGUCUCAACGAUGCCAUCUUCACAGAGAAAACUGAUGUGUGGUCGUACGGUGUGACUGUGUGGGAGGUUUUCAAUGGAGGACGGACUCCCUACCCUGCCGUGGACCCACUGUCCCUCAUCCAGCUGCUGGGAGAGGGGAGGAGACUAGAGAGACCUCUCACUGCAGCCUGUGCCACCGAGAUUUCUGUGGUGAUGCGCAAGUGUUGGAGGGAGGACCCAGAGGAGAGGCCAACCUUCUUACAACUGUCCUCCAUUGUGGAGAGGCUACUGGCAUCCAUCUCUGGCUACACUGAGCUCGGAAUGGUGCUAGUGGAUACCAGUAAAGAGGAGGAGGAGCUCAUCGGAUUCCCUUUCUUUUUCAAUACAAGUGGAACGUCAAGAGGCAGUAUAGAAGUUCAAGAAGAGAAGACAGGACUAAUUAGAUAUCUUCUCGAAUAUCUCUGGACUAUAUAUAAUAAUUAUAGUAAUAUUUGAUAUGUUGAAUUUGUGAAUCAGUAUUAAAUGACAGCCAUUUUAAGAGCAUGAUAUAUAGCCAGUGCAUAUAGCAUGCUUGUCAGAGAAAGGGAGCUAGAGCUGAACAGUGUGAAGAAAAGCAACACCUCCAGGCUAUGGAAAUGCACUGAUUUUAGGCGCAUGGUUUCUUAGCCACGCCUAUCUAUUAUUUGGCCACAACACAAUUGCUGAGUCAUUAAAGAUGGUGGAAUUGUCUAGGUAAGAGAAAUAGAGACUGAGAGGUCAUCUGCCUCGUAAGCAAUCGCAAAUCUGAAGAAGCGCUUUAUAAUCCAGGUUGUAGUUGUUUGGAAACCCUGUGCAGAAUGUCCUGGAGAUGGCUGUACUUGGAGUAAAUGCUGGGCAAGAAACUUACUCACUCACUCACUUACUUACUUACUUAGUCAGUCAGACAAAGAGCGGUGAAACGUCGAAAUAGUGCAAUUUUUAAAAUGACAAUAUUCACUAAAUUUAAAAAGUUCAUGGAUUAUGAAAUGAGAGAUACAAAGAGAGAAAAGGCUAAAUAAACUAUCUGUCCAUUCAGUUUCUUGAUGUGGCCUUUCCCUGCAGAGGAUAGAACAGUUUGAACAUGUCAAAAUAAGUGAAAUAUUGCUAAACACGGGCAAACCCACUGCCAAUCCUAUGUCAUUAUUUUAUAACUCGAGGCUUGUACAUCAGAAAUGUCAAAUUUCUUAAU